UUAACGUCUAACAAGUAUUUGUAUAUAUAUGUGAAAGUUAUUAAACGCCACUAGUAUUUGUUAUCAUAUGUAAAGCCACCCUACCCAAGAAAAACCUAUAUGACAUAGCCUAUUUCUAAACGUUGACUCCCGCAACAUCAUCAUCGUGAUGACCAAAAACAAACAUUCCCCAAAACAUUCAAAAACUCGCAAAAUAUUAUUACAAUCCAGUGACCGCAAUGAAUACCACGGGGGUGCAGCCUAACUCCGACCUGUUGAUACCAGCCAGCGAUAGGAUCGGUGGCUUCGCUUAUGGGCUAGGUGUCUCCAUUGGUAUAAUUCUCCUCAUCACCACAAUCACCCUCGCGUCUUAUUGUUGCACUAGAACCCAUAUCUCCGCAUCUCCCACGACCACUCCGAGGUCAAGACGCAGGCAAAGACAGGUCAAUGUAACUUCGCUACCUGGCGAAGAAAGGUUUCACGUCAACGGCGAUGAUGAUCGAAACGACACCGUGGUGGUCGAAAUCUUGGGACUAAACGAUGAAGAGAUCAAGAGUUUCCCAAACAUUCCUUACGAAGAGGCUCGCGUGAGUUAUAGCUUGCAAAGGGAUUCUACUGCGACGUCGUGUUGUUCAAUAUGUCUUGCGGAUUACAAGAAGACAGAUAUGAUCAGGGUUUUGCCGGAUUGUAACCAUUUGUUUCACGUCAAGUGCGUUGACCCUUGGCUCAAACUUCAUCCUACGUGUCCUGUGUGUCGUACGUCUCCCUUGCCGUCUCCGGCGAUGACACCUGUCGCCGACGUUGUUUCCUUUUCCCGUCGGGCGAUGGAUAUUUGACAUUCCUCCUCUUUAAUUUCUUUUAUUUUCUUUAUAUAUUUUGAUUUUUUGUUGACAUUUAUUAGAGUAUAUUAUCUUGAAGCUGUAAAUUUCACAGGUGUUAUUUGGUUCCUUUCACAAAACAAAAAUCUAGUUUUCUGAGCUUCUAGCUCUAGUUUUGGUGAUAAAAGGCUCACAGCUGUGAGUUCUGCCAUCUGAGUUCGAAUCCCGGCUACUGAAAAAUUAACAUUUCGGCAUCACCAGAAAUAGAGGAUCGACACGUGACAAUAUGGAACUAGUCUGGACCAUUUCUAGUGAGACCAUGAUACAUCUGUAUAAUUAAAAAAAAACAAAAAUUUAGUUUUCUUGAAACAAUUUGUAAUGUUAAUCUGUUUGAGACUAUAAUAUUGCGAAACUGUGGAAAAUAUACAUAUACCAUUUUAGUUACAAAAAAAAAACAUUUAACAUAUAAAGAAGAAGAAAAUGAAAGAUACAUAAAAAGAAUUUAUAAUCCAUUUUUUUCUUAAAAAUGUAAUUUUGACACAUCCACGUAGAUUAAUAAUGUGAUAAAAUAUAUUAAUGUAUUUAUUUAAUGUAUAAUUAUUUAAAUAAAGAUGAUUUAAACAAAAGUUUAUUUGUUGUUUGAAAAAAUAAUAGACAACAUAUAAAAAAUUAUAUUAGAAACAUGGAAUGAUAUUUUAUUUUAUUUUUAAAAAAUAACACUUUUUAUGUAACAGAAGAGCUAUUAUACAGUCGAAGUCAGUAUUGUAAUAACACUUUCGGGCAAAUCUUACUAAUGUUUUUUUCGGUGGCAAAUCAGUAUUGUAAUAAAACACUAUUCUUUUCCCCGAAAAAAAAUAAUAAAUAAAAAUCAUUAACUACCAAAUAGUUCGUUAUGGAG